ACAUCAGGAGAGGAAGACAACAUCACAGGCUUGACAAGAUGCCUCAAGCUCAGCCUGAACUCAAGAAGUACAUGGAAAAGCGGUUGUUCGUUCAACUGAACGGCAACCGCAAAGUCAUCGGUAUCCUCCGUGGCUACGAUGUCUUCAUGAACAUUGUCCUUGACGAGGCCGUCGAAGAGAAGAGCGGCGGCGAGAAAGCGAGACUCGGCAUGGUGGUCAUUCGUGGUAACUCGGUCGUCAUGUUGGAGGCGCUCGAACGGAUAAGCGACAAAUGAUCAAACUAGCAGACUACCCAGAUUUCAGAUACAGAACUGAUUUGAGAAUGACGAUACCUUGUAUGGCGGGGGUUACAUGUUUACUAUAACCAGGGAGUUCAUGGGCCGGUUAUUCGCGACUAAGGGAAAAGAAAAAAGCAACUAUUCCAUAGAUACAACUACGGAUGUCACAAUAGUGCACUUGCAAACUUGAUUAUAUCUCACUUUAUAUUGAG